AUGCCUUAUGCGAUACAACGCCUCACUCCCGUUUACACCAUUCCCAAUGAGAUUCUUGGCCACAUCUUCAUUUUGGGUGUCGAAUCUGCUCGUCAAUCAUGCAAAUACCUUCCGUAUCCUUGUGCCAAAAUUAGCCACGAUGUCCUGGAGACCACCUUAUUCCGCCACUCGAUUCUAUCCGUAUGCGCGCAUUGGCGGGACACAGCACUUGCGAUGCCUGCCUUAUGGCAGCUGCUUGAUAUUACACCUCGCAUCCCGCUGGCCUAUGUCUCAGCUGCCCUUCAACAGUCGCGCAUAUUGCCAUUGACUAUCACAAUAUCCGACUGCUGCCCAUGCUGUGCCGAUGCUCCUCUUGAGGUUCAGGCCCCCUUGUGGACACCGAGUGCCCUUCACACCAUCCUCGAGGCACUGACGCCUCAUGCCUCCCGUUGGCAGUCGCUCUCGUUCAUGAUCAGGGAUCAUUCCUUGGUGGAGCUUUUAGCCAUUCACUCCACUCCUGCUCUAUCUCAUACUGCGCUACAUACCCUCACCAUUUGGGUACCUCACACUCCUGGCUCUCGCCUUGAGUGGGAUGUGUUCCCUCCGCAGUCUAUCCUGGAAUGUCCUCCCGCCUCGCUACAGGUUCUGUCCAUCUAUGGCAUCUGGGUACAAUGGUCAAAUAUCCUACUGUCUACUUCUACUCUCGUCGACCUGGCUCUGUGCCACAUUCAACCCAAGUGCAACAUCCAGCAUUUUGCCCAUGUUCUUGCCCAGCUGCCCAUGCUCCGCCGUCUCACGCUCGCCGGUGAUCUCGUGAAACCUCCGUUUGAGCACCCAGAGGAUCUCCCCCAGGUCGACCUUACCCGCCUGCAGUACCUCGCACUCCGUGACCUUGAUCCCGCAUUCGCUGUUCACAUGCUUCGCAUGCAAACAUAUCCCGCUCUCACGCACCUCGUACUCAAGUUGGGCCCUGGAUUUUCCAUCCGCGCGCGUCACUAUACUGCCUUUGCGCAAGCCCUCAUAGAACACCCUCUCGCCAUACAUGUGACCGACUUGGACUUGCACGAGCUCUCAUGCUUAUCCGGACUAUCCGGAGGUGCCGUCCCGAUAUUCUUCUCAUUUUGGCCAUCUUUGAAGCGUUUGUCGUUGCAUUUCCAAGGCCUCGGUCCUGGCUAUUGGCGCGCCCUCUGCAGCUCACUCCCGAGCUGUGUCCCCUCCCUCCAGCGUCUCUAUGUCACAGAAAUAUCUCCGCUCGAUGUGCAAGAGUUCGUUGCCACACGCCUGAAUGUGGGUCUGUCCUUGCCAAGGCUCCAGCUCCGCCUCGCAGAUGCAUGGCGAGUGCAUGACGGGCGCCCUCCUCAGUGGUCUACAUGGCUGGACAGGAUGGGGGUUCAGUACAGGUUAAUGUAG